AUGACCCAUCUGUUUCUAUUUUUCCUUUUUGGAGCCUUAGCUCUCUCUGGCUCAGAAGGUGCUGGCAACUCCACAGGCAAGCAUCGCAAUGCUCGGUUCUUGUUUGACUUUUUUGACAAACUUAAGCCUGAACAUAACAUAAUUCCUAACCCGUCUCAACAAGACUCAUCUGCAAAGCGGGUCUGUCGAAGUCGAUGCCAGAAAGGCUGGAUUCGUUACGAAGGCUACUGUUACAUGUUUAUUCAAGAGAGAAUGACAUGGCUGGAAGCUGAGAAAACGUGUUCGGCUAUAAGUGCAGGAGGUCACCUAACCAGCAUCACCAGCGCAGAACAGAAUGAAUUCCUUCGUAAGCUUUCUCAGGGACAACAGAAUACCCAGUUCUGGACAGGGGGAACUUACCAAAAGGGUUCAUUGUUGAGAUGGAGUGAUGGAUCUCUAAUAACCUUUGUCCAGAGGCCUCUGUCAUCUAUUUUCCAUGCCAUUGGAGGACUAAUUAACAACCUGUUUAACAUAAAACUUUGCCUGAUGGUCAACAUUGGAGGAGGGGCUCAAUGGGAAAGCUCCCCUUGCAGCCAGAGGCUGCCAUUCAUCUGCACUUACAGACCAAGCCUUGUCCACCCUUAACCUAUCACUGAACCACUGAUGAAACCUGACUGGCUGAAACGGCAUUUGGAAUUGAGUUCACCUGAAAUACAUUAGUGCAGAAAAAUCUUUUGCAUGGAAAAAUCAAGGUCUUAUACUAAAAAAGAAGAGGUGUUAUAGCGAGUGACAUUUCUGUUCUGUUUGCGUUAU